UUUUCGAAACUAUUUGGCUCAAUACAAAUAUACAAAUACACAGUGAUUUGAUACGCUGGUGAUAUGUCUUCAUUGAAAGCGCGCAAAAACGGAAAUUGUGACGACUGCAAACUGGCGAGGCCACGCAAUUGCAAAGCUUAUGGCGGCCAUGCAAGAAAUUUCUAUGGGAAUCAGCAAUUAUGCGAGAAAAUUUUGCUCACACUCCUACUACUGGUGGCAUGUUUACUCCAAUUUGGCCUCGCUGACGAAGACGGGGAGGAUGGCCCAUAUCGGGGAAAAUAUUUAGGUAAAAUUAAUUCAUAUCAUCAUCAGGUAUCCGGCGAUGUAUACGCUGUAAAUGAGUACACGUUUCUAAUAAUUGGUUUUAAUUAUGACGGCAAUGGCGCUGAUACGUUCUUUUGGGCCGGCGCAUCAAACCGUCCCGGACCACAGGGAUUCAUUGUACCGGAUGAAUAUGGCAAAGCCAACAUAUUGGACCGUUAUCACAAUAAAGACUUUACGCUCACCCUGCCCGACCGAAAGAAGAUAACUGAAAUCAAAUGGUUGGCUGUUUACGAUCUUAACAAUCAGAAUAAUUUCGGUGAUGUUUACAUACCGGAAGACUUCGAACCACCACGGACACAGGCGGGCGGUACAUUCUCUCGCCGUAGUCACAAUGUCAGCAGCAGCGCCAUCGAGUUCAUUGACUCGAAAACGAUAAGUAUCAAAGAUUUCACCUAUGAUGGCUUGGGUAAGCGUACGUUCUUUUGGACUGGCGUGGGAGCGCAGCCGUCGAGCCGCGGUAGUAAGAUACCCGACGAAAUGGGAUACUUGGACCCGAUUCGGAAAUAUGAAGGGGAAACUAUAACUUUAGAAUUGCCCGGCGAUAAAACAAUUUUUGACAUUGACUGGAUUAGUAUAUACGAUUUGGCUGAUAAUGAGAAUUUUGGACAUGUCUUGAUUUCCGACAAUCUGAACGUGCCGCCGUCAUUGGUAAAAAUAACACCCUAUGAAUUUUCUCUGCCUAAUUGCCGGCAGUUGCAUAAGAACCUUCAAGUCUCCUGGGAAGUAUUCGGUCCACAAAUUACACUUCAACUAUCCGGCCAAGUGGAAAAGAAUGAUUAUAUGUCGUUUGGUAUAUCAGGCUCGGACACGGCGAGUCAAAUGAUUGGCGCGGAUGUAGUUGUGGCAUAUAUCGAUGAUAUUCGUGGCUAUUCAGUGGACUACAACAUCACGUCCUUAGCGCCGUGUGUGCAAGUUUUGGGUCAAAACAAAGGUGUAUGUCGCGACGAUGUGGUUGGCGGUUUGGACAGUUUUCAGCUUAAUACGUACAGUCGCAAGGAUGGCAUCAACACCAUAACUUUUCGACGCACCUUGAUUUCGUCGGAUCCCGGUGACAAGGAGAUCCGGCUCGACAGAAGUAAUUACAUAGUCUGGGCUUUGGGCCAGUUGGAUUCUAACUCAGAGCCGGCAUUCCAUUUUGUAUAUCCAAAAGGUGAUAUCCUCAUCGAUUUUAAUACAACGGAGCCUGUAAAUGAUUGCUUUAGCUUUACAAAACGUCCCGAAACACCCGUACAAAUAUGGGAACGAGUACGCUUGUAUGACCCUACUCAACGGACUUUCAGAGCCUAUCUGGGACCUUCCGGCGGCUUACGCGGCUAUCAAGGCAUUACCGGGCACGUUUCCAGUGGUUUGGCUUGGUACAUAAACGGUUACAUGACACCUGAGCUGUAUUUGAAACGUGGACUUACAUACACCUUUAAGGUUCGCGGUGGCAAUAACCCACAUUCGCCGGAGCAUUACCAUCCCAUGGUGAUAACGGAUGAGCCACAUGGCGGCUACGAUCGUCUCAGCGAUGCAAAACAAAGCGAAAUCCGAGUGCUGGCGGGUGUUGAAUUUACACGACGUGGAAGACCCAAACCUACUGCUGCCGGUCCGUUGUGCCUCUCCAAAUAUCCCAUUAAUUAUGAUCGUCGUUUGGAUGAUAACUUUCCCAGCUUCAAGAAAUUUAAUCGUUCGCUAAUCAACAUUUGCCCCAAUGAAGAGCCCGCCACAUUGGAGAUUACACCAAAUAUCACCUGGCCCGAUACUGUGUACUAUAACAGCUUCACACACGCCAAUAUGGGCUGGAAAAUACAUAUCGUCGACAGUUUUUCAAAUUUGCGCAAUGGAGCACUUCAUCAGGCCGUCCUCAUGGUGCCGAUGAAAUUAGUGUUGUUGUUGUGGUGUUUUAGAUUCAGUUCAAACAUAAUACUUGGUGGUCAAUAAUGUACAGGGAUAUGAGACCUGCGACACCAUUUUCACAGCGCCAGUCCUUUGCAGGGGCAAGGACUAUAAAGCAACAAGUUGCCGCUCUUUUUUUCAUAUUUAAUGAUUGACUGAUUUCGAAACUAUUUCAUUCAUUAUGCAUUAAUAAAAACAGUAAAAAAUACUCGCGUGAAUAAGAAUAUACAAAUAUGCGACGACCAAGAGCAUUUCGCAUAAAGUCACACCUACGCAUACUCGUAUACGUACAUAUUUACCCAUAUCGCAGAGGUACACUAGUUGUAAAAGUCACAAUGUAUUGUAGU